AAUGCGCACUGGAGACUGGAGACGGAGCAAGGGCACCCAAACCAUCCGCCUCAUUUGCAGACAGAGAGCCUCUUGCCCCCCUCGAAAUCACUCGUCGGCUCGCUUCCCUCCCACACUCAGGCACGGAAACUUCGUGCGAGAUACGAGGCUGGAUUUUAUUUUAUUAUAAGGGAUUCGGCGAAACGGCGAUAGGUUACAAGGCUCGGUGCGUGGACGUAACCCGCGGGUCUCUCUCUCUCUCUCUCUCUCUCUCUCGCUCUCCCUUCUGGCUUUUCCAAACGCAACUCAGCUCGGGCUGGAGAUCCAGUCUUGGAUUCGAUCCCUGGCUCUUCGGACGAGACUCGUUCCCUGCAGGCAGACCGCAUCCCAUGCAGACGAGUGGCAUUUUCGGACGAUAACAGAUAUUUGAAAAAAAGAAGAAGAGAGCUCUACUCUGUGCAGUCGUCGGAUCAAGGAUUUUGUGGAUUAAUGCUCUUGAAGACACGGCGGCGAGCCUCGGUUUUCAUGGGAUAAUUGCGAAAGCGCGUCGGCUCAGUCAGGCCCCGAGUGUUGUCCGAUUCCCCCCCCCACUACGGCCCAUGUGCACGGGAAGAUGUUUCUGACAGAGUUUGCAUGCUGAAAAAAGAAAAAAAUCGACACGGAGUGCGUGUUGAAGGGGUCAGUCCACGGCGCUCGGCUGCCCAUCUCCAAGUGAGUAACUGUAACAGAGUGGGGCUACACGCUUCUGUGCCGGAGCAGAUUCCCCCCGCCGCUGUAGAGGUGCACGGGCUGCUAGGUUCAUCCGUACAGCCUAGUCCUAGACGCCCGAGGGUGAUGGUUAUUUAUCCCCAGAGGAAGAGCUGACUGUCCCGUGAACCUCGGCUGUUUUUCGGUGAUCUAGUCUGCAGGAGAAGGCAACAGAGACUGGCGUAUGCUACAGAUUUCCUCUGCUUAUCCAGCUCCCGGUUUUUCCAGCGUAUUUUCUCAGGCUGCUUGUCAUCGCCUGGACUCGGAUCCCGGAAUCUUCAUGAUUUGCGGACACCAUGCUCGUUUUUUAGCCGGGGAACCCUCUUUUCGUCCCGCAUGUUUAGGACCAAACGAUCGGGGCUCGUCCGGCGACUCUGGAGGAGCCGUGCGCCCGUGGAGGGCGACGGGGAGGCGGAUAGAGGGACGCAUGGCUCCGGGGGCUGCUGCAUGGGCAAAACGGCAAAGGUGGCCAAGUCCAACGCCGGGUCGGAGGCUGAAUUGAAGGCGUUGACCCACUCGAUACUGAAAAAGAUCAAAGAGAAACAAUUAGAGGUGCUUUUGCAGGCGGUGGAGUCCAAGGGGGGUGCCCGAAGCCCCUGCUUGCUCCUGCCCAGCAAAGUGGACGCCAAAGUGGGUCAACAGUCUUACUCUCUCCCCAUGCUGCUCUACAAAGUGUUCAGGUGGCCGGACCUCAGGCAUUCCUCGGAGCUGAAGAGGCUGUCGUGCUGUGAAUCCUACGGGAAAAUCAACCCAGAGCUCGUUUGCUGCAACCCGCACCACAUGAGCAGGCUUUGUGAACUCGAGUCUCCUCCUCCUCCAUAUUCGCGCUAUCCCAUGGACUAUCUUAAACCACCAGAUUCUCCAGACUCUGGACCUUCAUCCAGUGAUACUGGGGGAACGACAAACUCGGCCCCUGUGGGGCUUUCAGAUUCCCUGGCAAUGCAGGAGUCUGGCGAGCGGGCCCAUUGGUGUGUGGUGGCAUACUGGGAGGAGAAGACACGCGUCGGGCGCCUCUACUCAGUCCAGGAGCCCUCUCUGGACAUCUUCUAUGAUCUACCUCAGGGGAACGGCUUCUGCCUGGGCCAGCUCUGCUCCGACAACAAGUCCCAGCUGGUGCAGAUGGUGCGGGCCAAGAUUGGCUAUGGCAUCCAGCUGACGCGUGAGCCAGACGGGGUGUGGGUCUACAACCGCAGCUGCUACCCCAUCUUCAUUAAGUCGGCCACACUGGACAACCCGGACUCACGCACGUUGCUGGUGCAUAAGGUGUUCCCCGGUUUCUCCAUCAAAGCUUUUGACUAUGAUAAGGCCGGCAGCCUGCAGAGGCCAAACGACCACGAGUUCACUCAGCAGCCUCGCACCGGCUUCACGGUGCAGAUAAGCUUUGUGAAAGGCUGGGGACAGUGCUACACAAGACAAUUCAUCAGUAGCUGCCCGUGCUGGUUGGAAGUCAUCUUCAACACCCGAUAGCAGCAGCCUUCCUCUUCUUCACCCUCCUCGCCUCUUCUGCCCCUUCACAAACAGACUACACCCACUUUCCUUUUUUGUCCCAGAGGUUCAAAGAGAGAAAAAAGUUUUAAAAGAAGAAGAAAGUAUAAAAUUCUGACGGACUUUGUUUAAUAAAUGACGAAGAUUUAAUUAAAUAAAAUAAGAAGCGAAAAAUGUAUUUUAUGUUAUAUAUAAAUAUAUUAUUAAUUGUAAAUAUGAAGACGUUUUAUAUGCAUCAUUAUUUAUGUAUUGUGCAAUGUGUUGAUGAGAAAAAGAAAAUAAGAUGCACUUUGCUUAAUAUAAAUGCAAAACAAAGA